AUGCAUGGGUGGGUGUAUUAUGUAGUGGCUGCAGCUGCUGCCUGGAUUCUGCUUGUAGAGUGUACAACAAGUGUGGAAGGAGUUGAAAAUUCGAGAUGGAUGACUGAUUUCUUGUCGUCUUCGUCCAUCUACAUGAAUGUAAUGCCAAAGAAUAUUUUCCUCAAUAAGAAGUCCAUUGUUGAUAUUCGAAUGCAGAGGGUUAGAGAGAUUACAGAUCUUUCCACGACUUACUUGGAGAUGGAGGAUAUGUUACAGGUUGAGGAAAUGUAUGGAACGCCAACAUCAAUCGCUGCAAGAAAAACUAAAAUGUACAAUGUAGCCUCUCUUAUCAAUUCAUUGUAUCAGGAAAUUCAUAUCAUUGAUGAAUAUUGUAAAAAAAGAGUGGGACCAAGGUGUGAACAACCAACAUGUUUCGGAAAAUUUGUUGGAAGAUCCGAAAAUCCUUGCUCGGGAAAUGGUGAUUGUGUUGAUGUUGAUAAAUGUCAAUGCAAGAAUGGAUAUUAUGGCUUGGAAUGUGAAUUGCAGUCAUGCUUUGGGAUUCCAUUCAACGAAUCAAAUGUAUGCUCUUCUCAUGGUAGUUGCAUUCAUAUGGAUGUUUGUUUGUGUGAUGAUGGCUACUAUGGUGAGAAUUGUGAAAGGAGUAAGGAGUUAACAAAUACCAUUGUGCUUGAUACCUCCAUGAAUGUGUUUAAAUUGGCUACUGGUAAUUAUAUUCCAACCACAUGCAAAGAAUAUCACUCAAAGUACUACAGAGGGUCUGGUAAUGGAUACUAUUUGAUUAAUCCCGUGCAAGGAACUCAACCGUUUGUUGGGUAUUGUGACAUGAUUAAUGGUGGAUGGAUGUUGAUCAAUAAUAAUAGUUCUAGAACCACCACUGCGGUCGGAAUGCUAACGUAUGAGAAAUUGUCCAGUGUGGUUAUCAAAUCGAUGGAAAUUAAAAAUUCCAUUGGUGAGAGAUGUGUUAUCUCUGGUGAUGCUGCGCAAUUGGUGUUCAAAGAUCCAAUGAUGAAAAUCCUGUGCAAUUCUGUCAAUCAUUUCCUGCCAAUUCUUUCAUCUUUGGAUUUACUGUUUAUCACCCCACAACAGUAUUGGAUUAAAUAA